UGCUGCGUGUAACAGGAGGAGGGGGAAGUCUCGCGAUAGUUGGACUUUAUGAGCGACUUAAUGGAAGAUGGCGCCUGUUGUGACAGGGAAAUUUGGGGACCUUCCUCAGCCAAAGCGCCUCACCAGAGAGGCGAUGCGUAACUACCUGAAGGAGCGAGGGGAUCAGACGGUGCUUAUACUGCAUGCAAAAGUCGCACAGAAGUCAUACGGCAACGAGAAAAGGUUCUUCUGCCCGCCGCCAUGUGUGUACCUGAUGGGCUGUGGCUGGAAGAAGAAGAAGGAGCAGAUGGAGAGGGAGGGCUGCUCGGAGCAGGAAGCUCAACCUUGUGCCUUCAUCGGAAUCGGCAACAGCGAGCAAGAGAUGCAGCAACUAAACCUGGAAGGGAAGAACUUCUGCACAGCGAAAACGUUGUACAUAUCAGACUCUGAUAAGAGGAAGCACUUCAUGCUGUCUGUGAAGAUGUUCUAUGGGAACAGUGCAGAAAUCGGUGUCUUCCUCAGCAAGCGCAUAAAGGUCAUCUCCAAACCCUCCAAGAAGAAGCAGUCCCUGAAGAACGCAGACCUGUGUAUAGCGUCAGGGACUAAAGUGGCUCUAUUUAAUCGGUUGCGCUCUCAGACGGUCAGUACGCGGUAUCUCCACGUGGAGGGAGGAAACUUCCAUGCCAGCUCACAGCAGUGGGGGGCUUUCUACAUACACCUACUGGACGAUGAGGAAUCUGAGGGUGAGGAGUUUACUGUCAGAGACGGCUACAUCCACUAUGGUCAGACCGUCAAACUGGUGUGUUCAGUCACAGGCAUGGCACUUCCACGACUGGUAAUUCGUAAGGUGGAUAAGCAGACGGCGCUGAUGGACGCUGAUGAUCCUGUAUCUCAGCUGCACAAGUGUGCGUUCUACCUGAAGGACACGGAGCGCAUGUACCUGUGUUUGUCUCAGGAACGCAUCAUCCAGUUUCAGGCCACUCCCUGCCCCAAAGAGACGAACAAAGAGAUGAUUAACGAUGGAGCGUCGUGGACCAUCAUCAGCACAGAUAAAGCAGAAUACACUUUCUAUGAGGGGAUGGGCCCGGUCACACUACCCGUCACACCUGUACCUGUCGUAGAAAGCCUACAGCUGAACGGUGGGGGGGAUGUGGCCAUGCUGGAGCUGACUGGACAGAACUUCACUCCUAACCUCAGAGUGUGGUUUGGAGACGUUGAGGCAGACACCAUGUACAGGUGUGGAGAAAGCGUCCUGUGUGUGGUUCCUGACAUCUCAGCGUUCCGUGAGGGAUGGCGUUGGGUCCGGCAGCCGGUGCAGGUUCCGGUGACUCUGGUGCGAAACGACGGUAUCAUCUACUCCACUGCGCUCACCUUCACAUACACGCCUGAGCCAGGGCCCCGCCCACACUGCAGCGCCGCUGGGGUCAUCCUGAGGGGCAGCAGCACCUCCUCCUCCAUCUCGCCGUCAUCAUCCUCUUCUUCCUCCUCGUCUUCGUUGUCGUUGUCUUCAUCUUCAGCGUCCAGCCUCCUCGGCUACCAGGCGGCCGGAGGGGUGUCUUCAUCGUCUUCUUCCUCCUCGGCCAUGUCCGUGUCCUAACCUGGGGAUCGCUUUUGUGUAAGAGAGAGAGAGAAACAUAACGUUUCUGACUCUCUGGAUAAAAACUGGUAAACUCGUAGGAAAGAACAGCAGUGCGGAAAACGAGAAGAGAAACAACGAAACAGAAAAAAAACAAAAACUACUCAAGACCAGAAACGGCUCUAAAAUCUCUUCUUUGGUCUCCGACACCAGCAGAGCUCCUUCUGUACACCUUCAGCAGUCCAGCGGCCAAAAAAACGGAAACGCGACAGUCGAAAAACCCUGCGUAAGUAUGGCCACGAGGGAUUUAAAAACAAAAAAACAAAACAAAACAAAAAAAACGCCUUUGUUUAAUUAUUAUUUUUUUUUGUAUGAAAAGGGCUCGAUGCACUGGUGCGCCAGGCAUGGAAGAAAAGUUAUCAUAGUAAUAUAGUUUUCAAGGACCAAGGAAUAUUAUUAUUAUUAUUUUUAUUGAUAUAUAAUUUUAUAAGCUUUAGCUAAGGUACAUUUUUCACCUUUUUUUGUUUUUGGUUUUAUAACAUAUAGUAAACUUUUGUUACCAAAUAGUUUUGUAUAUUUCUCGUGAGCAAAAUUUUUUUGUGCUCAGAAGUAAAAAGUUCAGGCGAUUUGUCUUUAAAACUAAAAAAAAAAAAAAAAAAAAAAAACGCUUGAACUUUAUUUUUUUCGUCAUAGCUGCCUUUUAAUCCUUCUGGCAACUGCCUUAAAACUUCUGGACUUGUACCAGACUUUUUGUUUGUUUGUUCGUCUGUUUGUUUGUCUAUUGUUUUUUUUUUCUUUUUUGUAAUUCUGUUUGUCCUGUAUAUUUGUCUAUUUUUUUCCUUAAACAAAAGUGUAACUGUGUGAGUUUUGUUCAUGUUUUUGGGAGAUGGUGGCUUUACUAGUUUGUCAUAUCAAGUCUUUAACACAAAAGCUUUAACUGACAUCGAUCUUGCCUAAUGAGUGACCUUCUGAUUGGUCACGAACUGCCACUAUGACUCUGUCCAACGUUUUGCUCGUUUUACAGACUUGUCGACAUUUCAUCUUGCCAGUAGAUCUCUGAAGUUGUACACUCAUUCUGUAGCUGGAGUUAAACCCGUUUUAGAAAUGAUUCCAUAUUAGGAAUGUUACUCUGAAAGUUCUUAAAUCUUUAAACUCGCAUAGAACGAUUGAUUGAUCUUGCCUUAAACGCCACAAACAAGCUGGGAAUCAUUCAAAGUCUUUCUAAGGUCAGUUUUAGGCCAUUAAUUUUCCAUUAAUUCCCAUUUUCCAACUUCCAUUAGUACUCAAAUAGCACUUGGUGCUUCACAUCAGUGACACUGUGUGUCCUUGUUAUGUAGUGUAUUAAAAGUUGGCUUACUUUCAUGUAGGGAUGCAUUGAUAUUUUUUUUUCUUUUUUCCCCAACUAAGUACAAAUACAUAUUUUUUUUUUUGUAUUCGCCAAUACUGAUACCGAUACCUGCCUAGAAUGAAUCAGUCGGGAGCAUUAUCUAAUGUUGCUAGUGGUUGUUGGUGUAAAGUAGUGCAAAGCAACAGUUAAUUUGAUAUUUUUUUUUUUAAGUUUUGUUUUUUUUGGGACAGAGUCACAUUUAUAUAUUUAAUCUAGGGGUGGGCGAUAUGGCCCUAAAAUAAUAUCACAAUAUUUCAUGAUAACGAUAACGUGAUAACGAUAGUCUUGCCGAUAUGACAAAACACUGAAUUUUCUUUUUUAUAUUUUUCAAGAAUGAAAAUGAUUUUUUAUAAUUGCGUACAAUAUGAUAUGGCACCCCCCUAACUGUGAUAUAAAAAAAAAUACAAGAACUGAAUUCGAUCAGAUUUGUAACAAAAGGCCAUGAUACUAAUAAAACUAAUAAUGAACUUCAUAUAUCUCCAUAUAUCCAGGAUUAAAGUAUAAUAAAUGAUACUGGGCAGAUAUAAUCUGUCUCUGGUAGAUAUAUAAUGGGAAAUAAAAACAGGGUGAAUUUUUCUUUUGCUAAAAACAGUAAAAAAAAAAAAAAUAAUAAUAAUAAUACAAAUAAAAAGUAGUACCCUGAUGUAAUAAUUAAGGGUGGGUGAUAUUGCACGAUAAUUCAGGGUAUCUUAUCGUUCACGUUAUUUAAAAAUGUUGGCGAUAUUAUUGCGUACGAUACGACACGGCACACCCCUCUGAUAUAAACUAUUUUUUGCUGUUUCAAAGAAGCAUAUUUUAAAUAAUUUAGUUUUUAAAUAUUAGUUUUACUCUAUAGUUUCGCUAUUUUACAACCUGUGGAUAUUUUCUGUUGGAUGUAUGAAGUCUUUGACUUCAAGUUGGACCAUUGUCCACUCCAUGUUCAGUCAUUUCAGUAAUUCAGUUCAAAAUUAGAACAUUCUAUAACACCAAUUGGUAUUUUUGGCAAAGUCCUGCUGGAAAAUGAAAUCCACAUCUCCAUAAACGUUAUAAUCAGCAGAGGGAAGAAGCAUGAAGUGCUGUAAGAUUUUGACUUUAGACUUGAUAAUAAAACACAGUGGAUCAACACCAGCAGAUGACAGACAUGACUCUCCAAACAAACCAUCACUGAUUGGUGGAAACUUCACACUAGACCUCAAGCAGACUGUGUGUCUCUCCUCUGCACUUCCUCCAGACUCUGCUCCCUUGAUUUACAAAUAAAAUAUAAAAUUUACUGAUGAUCAGUGAUGGUUUGGAGAGACAUGUCUGUCAUCUGCUGGUGUUGAGCCACUGUGUUUUAUUAUCAAGUCUAAAGUCAAAAUCUUACAGAACUUCAUGCUUCCCUCUGCUGAUGACAACUUUUAUGGAAAUAAAAACGGAUUUCAUUUUCCAGCAGGACUUGUCACACUGCCCACACUGCCAAAAGUACCAAAUGGUCUUAUAUAAUAUUCCAAUUUUCUAAAACUCUGAAUUUGGGUUUUCAUUGGCUGUAAGCCAUAAUCAUCAACAAUAAAAGCAAUACACUUAGAUCACUCUGUAAUACAUUACAUUCAUGUGGUAUCAUAUCCCUUAGGUUUUUUUAUUUAUAUAUAUUUAAUUAUGCUAUAAUGAGCUUGUAAUGUCGUAUUUCUAAGGAUUCAGUGGUAUUUAGAAGAAAUGUGACCAAUAAGACGAGACGCAUAAAGUUUGAAACAUAUUUGAAGCUUGUAUAUUUAGUUUUACAUGUAUACAAUAUCUGCAGAUGGUAUUUUUUUUAAUGACCUUAAAUCCUUUCCUUAUUUGGGCAUGGCUCCACCUACAGAAUGACAGUCAACUUCGCUAUAGUAUAAACAAUGCCUGUAAUGCACUUGAACUGAUUUUCCUUCGCAUAAGAUUAUCGUGGGUUUGUCAGAAGCGCAUCACUUCCAGUCCUCUUUUUGCAACAGUAAUGAUGAUGAUGAUCAUUUGUAUGAUGCGAUGUUUUUUGAGAACCUUUGUGUUGUAAGAAGGCUGCCUUAUUCCAGUACGAAGCCGUGAAGCUGUAGAACAUACCAGAAUAGCCUGGUAAUCGGUAGAGUAUGAUCUUCCAUUAGCCUUGUAGAUUCAGCCAAAGCACCAGACACCUGUUGUGACUGAUUGAGUUUGAUUGGAGGAAAUUGUGUAAAUUUAAUAUCCUUUUUCAAGUUUAUAUCAAGGUUGGCCCACACGUCAGUGGGUGGUCUCAGUGUUUAAGUUCCAAACUCUCCUCUAAAUAUUAUUAAUAUCUAAUAUUCAGAACUUCUCUGCAUAACUGAGAUCAGCUCGUUCAGAGUCGGCCUCGUUGUAGUCCACCUGUCUGGCUGUUCUGUUAUGCCAGGUUCACACCACACGAUUUUCACACUUGCUGAGCCAUCGCUGACUGAUCACCAACCAGUCGCAGAUGCUUGGCAGAUAUUUGCCAUGCUAGAUAUCUGACCCAGUCGGUGACUGGGAGCAGCUACCCACAGUCAGUGGAAUCACAGAGAAAGAAAGAACCGCGGGUCCAAAAUACAUCUCCUGCAUUACUAGAGCAAAACAUUUUAUGAAGAGUCUCACCACUUUCUGUCCCCCUGUUAUAUCAUGAAUUGACUGUUAAACUCUAGAGGGAGCCCAAGAGUGAGUCCUCUAUGAAUGGGGGGAAAUGGAGCUAAAAACGAAAAACCAUUUGGUGUGAAAGUCUCAACAACUGAAGGACUCGCGAUUACAGAACAACCAGUUGUGUAGUGUAAACAGCACAAGGACUGAUGCUCAAAAAGUUGUGUAGUGUGAACCUGGCAUUAGUAAAACAGGCCUAGAUGGCUGCAAAUGGCAACCUUGAACUACGACUACCAUAGAAAGGGGAUUCUGUCUCUGAUGUUAAAUAGAAACACUACACUUUUAUUGUCUAAUUAACUCAAAUUCCCCAUUGAUCAUUCAACCCAGAUUCAGUCGAUCAUUUUAGAUGUUUGGUAUCAUGAUGCUCUACUUUACAACAGUAGGUGCUAGGCUACAAGCUGAAUUAUAAGGUGUAGCCACUUCAGGAUGUGGUCUGAGAUGCAUUUAAAACAGAUACAAAUCCGAACACACAAACCUCUUUAGGAGUUGGUCUGAGACUAAUUUAAAACAGAUACAAAUCUGAUCACUUAAACCACUUCAGAAGGUGGUCUGAGACGCAUUUAAAACCAAUGCAAAUCUGAUCACACAAACCUUUUUAGGAGUUGGUCUCAGACUAAUUUAAAACAGAUACAAAUCCGAACAUUCAAACCACUUAAAAAAAAAGGUGGUCUAAGACGCAUUUAAGACCGCAACAAAUCCAAACACUCAGACCACUUCAAAAAAAGGUGGUCUGAGACGCAUUUAAGACCGAUACAAAUCCGAACGCUCAGACCACUUAAAAAAAAAAAGGUGGUCUGAGAUUCAUUUAAAACCAAUACAAAUCUGAACACUCAAACCACUUCAUAAAAAGAUGGUCUGUGAUUCAUUUAAAACCGAUACAAAUCUGAACACUCAGACCUCUUUAUAAAGUUGUCUGAGAUCCAUUUAAAAACAGAUAAAACCAAACAUUUAUAGUUUUUUAGAAGGUGGUCUGAGCUGCAUUUAAGACAGAUACAAAUCCAAACACUCAGACCUCUUCAUAAAAAGCUGGUCUAAGACAGAUUUAAAACCAAUACAAAUCCUUGAAGAUCUGAAGGAGUUUUGAGAAACUGGUGAAGGUCUCAGUAUAGUCUGUGUUUCUGUGUUUGUUAGUCGCGUUAGCCUAGCAUCCCCCGUUGUUAAGUAAAGACGCACACUUGUCCGAUUCCAAACAAGUGACAGAUCAACUGAAUGUGGGGUCAGAAAUUAAAUAUAAUGCUGUUUUUUAUUUUUUGCCAAAUUCUUUUUAUUUUUACAUGAGGAAAAAAAUGAACUGCCAACAAGAGUAAAGUUGUAUUAGGACUGAAACCAGUGUGAACAGGAUGAGUUUGCUGUUAAACUGCUCAUGAAUACUGUUUGAUUGAACCCAGUGCCUGCUUUCUUUCUACUUAACUUUUAUUUCCUCACAGUUUUUUGUACUUUUCUGCCUUUUGUUUGGUUUGUACUUUUUGGAACCAAGUGCUUUUGCAUCGUCCUGUUGUUUUUUGUUUUCCUUUAAUGAGAACGGACACUUUGAUGAAAUAAUGUGCUCUUAAUUCGUUUCUUUGUCAGCUGGUUUUGGGUUUAAUUAGUCUAAUCUUGCUGUACCUGUACAGAAUCUGUUUAAAUGCUUCCAGUAUUGGUGCGUUUCCACUGGGUGGUCGGGCGAAGAAUCCAUGACCUCUUGUUCUGCUGACGAUCUCGACAUUUCCACUGCCAAACAACUUGUACUCAAUCAUCCGUGUUAGUUGUAGUGCCUUUGCUACAUGUUGUUCACUGUUCUCCUCUUUCUGCCUGCCCUCUAGGGAACGCAGAAUUAAAAUGAACUGCUUAAAUUGGUGUUUAUUGAUGUAAAUCUGCCCUUAUAGGCAUUGCAGUGAGUUUCUGCUGCACAGUAGAAUAGUUUGUACAAUUCAAUAUUCGGUGAGCUACCAGCUUUUGUACUUGUUGGAUGCGCUAUGUUUUUUCCCCUAGUGAAAACUGAACUAGUCAUGUUUUUUUGGCUGAAAGAAUGGCUAGUACACCUGUAUUCUACCAAAUUUUGUUCUCCAGUGAUUUUUGGAGAUCUAUACCCUUUUAAAAAGAGUUAUUUGCCUUAUUUUAACCUGGUUAAAAUUAUUUGUCUCAAUGAUUAAGAUUAAGAACCUCUCAGUACUUUUUCACACCCUUUUUCUAGAUAAUUGCACAACUUUACUAAACGUUAAGUGGUAAAAUAACUCCUCCUCCUUUAAUCGGUAGCGUUUUGACAUGGAAAGUAAACACAGGUGAUCACCCAGGGUAUGGAAAUUGCUGGAUUCAGGUUCAUAGCCACGCCAAACUGCACUACCCAGUGGAAAAUUGCCAUAAGACAGGAGUCAGAUAUGCCUUUCAGCAUCUGCAACUGAACACAUGGUUUUCUCCAGUGGUUGAGGGAUAAUGUUGUGCUUCUGUAUGGCUAACCUAAAUUUCGGUGGUGUUGAUCACUAUGCAAAACCACCCGCUGUAAAGGAGAACAGUCUACAGUGAUUCAAAACUUUAAACCCUAGGUUUGUUAUUCAGAAAGAAACUAUUGGGAAUUAUUAAAUUAAUUGUUCACCGUUUAGUUUUUAGCUUUUUAAAACUAGCUUUCUAUUUAAUCCACCACAAAACAUUUUUGGAGCCCAAGCAAAAAUUUAAUCAGCUGUUUUAAAUGGAAAUACAGUGCAGCACACAACUUUAAAAAUGUGUCUGUACUAUGCUAGACCAAUCAACGUGUAUUUAACAACCUAAAAGUAAUUUUAAAAGUAGUUUUACUUUUGCAAUGAAUUUACAAACUGUCAAGGAAGUAAAUUCCUAGCAGUACCACUGUGGCCCACUAAAACAUUUAACUAAAACAUUAGUAUGAGCUUAUAUACAGGGUAUUAAAGGGGUUAAAAGUUAAAAAAUAAAAUAAAAAUAGUAAUUUAUGUUUGGAAGAUAAAUAAAACUAAACUAAACGGAUAAUUUCUAGCAAAUACCUUGUUAAAACACGAACUUUUCAAUCCUACAGUGCUUCAUAAUUAAUGUGUCAAUUAAAAUAAAAUCUAAUCUUAUUUUCGCUAACUAAAUUUAAAAUCAUUUACUUAGUUUUGUCAAUGGAAUUUUUAACACCAGAGCUACAAUAGCUUUAAUAUUAUGUACCUGAUUAGAAUUAAAUUUUAACUGUACUUAACUGUAUAAAAGGACAAUUUUAGGAACUAAAAUAGCGUCCAGAAUUAAAGCCGUAACUACAAGCCAAGAUGCUUACCUGAGAUGUCACAUAUUACCAUUCUGCUUUUUAACUGGCUGCCUAAAUCACCAUACUUUUACCUCAGAAAUCUAAUAAAGUUGAUUACCGUAUUUUUCGCAUAGUAAGAUGUGCGCA